UGCUCCCGCGUUGCAUCAUCUCCCGCCCGCGGCUGCUGUGAAAAGGCUGGGCGCGGCGCGGUCCGCUCUGUUCCAACUGCAGCUCGCAACCCACGCCUCUGUUCGCCCUUUCCGCAUCUGCUCCACCGCCCGGUCAGAAGACCCUGGGGCCGCCUCUCAGACUUUGCCGGGUGUAACUGGCAGACUCCGCUAGCUCCGCCCGAUCCAUUCAUUGGGAGCCUGUCUUUUCAGAGCCCAAGUCCCCUGCCUCCUCCAGCUUGGAACACCUGGCAGCGCCAUGGAGAAAAGCAGUGAGACCAACGGCUACCUCGACGGCGCCCAGGCAGGGCCUGCAGUGGGGUCUGGCGCGCCAGGGACCGCCGGGGGACGCGCGCGGCGCUGCUCUGACUUCCUGCGGCGACACGCGCUGGUGUUGCUGACCGUGUCAGGGGUGGUGGCGGGCGCCGGCCUGGGUGCUGCGCUGCGCGAGUUAAAGCUAAAUCGCACACAGAUCACCUACUUGGCCUUCCCCGGAGAGAUGCUGCUCCGCAUGCUGCGCAUGAUCAUCUUGCCGCUUGUGGUCUGCAGCCUGGUGUCGGGCGCUGCUUCUCUCGACGCCAGCUCCCUCGGGCGUCUGGGUGGCAUAGCUGUUGCCUACUUUGGCCUCACAACGCUUAGUGCCUCGGCGCUUGCUGUCGCUUUGGCGUUCAUCAUCAAGCCAGGAUCCGGUGCACAGACUCUUCAGUCCAGCGACCUGGGAUUGGAGGAGUCGGGGCCUCCUCCGGUCCCCAAAGAGACGGUGGAUUCUUUCCUUGACCUGGUCAGAAACCUGUUUCCUUCCAAUCUUGUGGUUGCCGCAUUCCGUACGUACGCAACUGAUUAUAAAGAGAUGACUCACAACACCAGCUUUGGAAACAUGACCCAUGAAAAGAUUCCCAUUGGCACUGAGAUUGAAGGGAUGAACAUUUUGGGAUUGGUCCUGUUUGCCCUGGUGUUAGGAGUUGCCCUAAAGAAACUAGGCUCUGAGGGAGAAGAGCUCAUCCGUUUCUUCAACUCCUUCAAUGAGGCAACAAUGGUACUGGUGUCGUGGAUUAUGUGGUAUGUACCUGUGGGCAUCAUGUUCCUGGUCGGAAGCAAGAUUGUGGAAAUGAAGGACAUCAUUGUGCUGGUGACCAGCCUUGAAUAUAUCUUUGCAUCUAUCUUAGGCCAUGUUAUUCAUGGAGGAAUUGUUCUGCCACUUGUUUUUGUUUUCACACGGAAAAACCCAUUCAGAUUCCUUCUGGGCCUCCUCACACCAUUUGCAACAGCAUUUGCUACCUGCUCCAGCUCAGCAACCCUUCCUUCUAUGAUGAAGUGCAUUGAAGAAAACAAUGGUGUAGACAAAAGGAUCAGCAGGUUUAUUCUCCCCAUCGGGGCCACUGUGAACAUGGAUGGAGCAGCCAUCUUCCAGUGUGUGGCUGCAGUGUUCAUUGCCCAGCUCAACAACGUGGACCUGAAUGCAGGACAGAUCUUCACAAUUCUAGUGACUGCCACAGCAUCCAGUGUUGGAGCAGCAGGUGUGCCAGCUGGAGGGGUCCUCACCAUCGCCAUUAUCCUGGAGGCUAUUGGGCUGCCAACUCAUGACCUCUCUCUGAUCCUAGCUGUGGACUGGAUUGUGGACCGGACCACCACUGUGGUGAAUGUGGAAGGGGAUGCCCUGGGCGCGGGCAUCCUCCACCACCUGAAUCAGAAGGCGAUGAAGAGAGGGGAGCAGGAACUAAGCGAGGUGAAAGUGGAAGCCAUCCCCAACUCCAAGUCUGAGGAAGAGACGUCACCUCUGGUGACACACCAGAAUCCUGCAGGACCUGUAGCCAGCGCCCCAGAACUGGAAUCCAAGGAGUCGGUGCUGUGAGGGGGCUGGGCCAUGGGCUGGCCUGCCAGGGCCAGCACCCAGCCCUGCUCCCAGCCUGUUUGAUGCAGGCAUAGCCCUCAUGGACUUUUAAUUUCCCAAGCAAUGCUUUGGCCCAGUCACUGGUUAGAGGAAUUACCUCAGCACAGGCAUUGGGCUCCCCAGCAAGAACUGGUUCCCAUGGACCGGGACACUGAUAUUUGGCACCAGAGCUCUAUUUGGAAACACCCACUCAAGCUACCAGGCUUGGGAAGAUCAUGGGCUCUCCGGAGCCUCUGGGUAAAGCCUGGAAAAAUGCAGAUUUAUUUUUCAUUGUCCCUGGUCAGCCAUCAUCAGAUGCUCUCUGAACAAACCAAGGGUCUUUUGGUCACCUCUCACAUUGCCUCAUGGACAGUAAUAAUUGGAGAAAUUCCCAAAUUCUUAGACUUGGCUGGAAUUUGCUGAGUCGUGACUUGGGUGUAUUCCAACUAGGUGUGGGUGGCUUCUAGAGGAUCCGAGGCAUUGCCCAGUUGUCAAGUUAGAAAUACUCCAGGUCAGGGCUGGGAAUGUAGCUCAGUGAUACAGUGCUUGCCUAACCUGCAUAAGACCCUGGGUUCAAUUCCCAGUACCUCAGAAAAGAAAAAUACUCCAGGUGGUGUUAGCACUGCUGGGGUCUCUGGUCAGUAGCACUAAGAAACUCAUUUAAUUUCUAAGGUCAAAGAAAGGCAAGGGAAUGCAGCCUGGGGGUAGAUGCAGGGACACUAAUGAGAACAGGGCAAACACAUUUGUCCUGUUCCCAUCCCAGACCUGAAGUCCCUUUCUGCUUCAGAGACCUGAGCCUCUGACAAUACUUCAACUUAUCUCCAACCACUCUGACUUGACAAUGGGCUACAGGGACCUCUUUCUCUGGAGAGGUGAGAUGUGGUCAUCAUAUUCACAAUCCACGUUGGUUUAUUAAUCUAAUGAUAAUCUAACUAGACCCUCCCUAAAAUACUGCACAACUGAAGAAACAAAACUAUAAAAACAACCCCCACACAAAUAAAUCCAUGUACUAAUUGGGGUAGGGUGCCUCCACUCCCUGGUCCCCAAAUUUUGACUGAUUUCCACAGAUUUGGACUCCUUUCCUGCUGGUGUAUCAAAGUUUAAAAUUACCAGCAAAAUUGUCCAUGUUCCUCUUGUUAUCAUGCCCCAGUUUUAGUCCAGGGAAGAGAUCUCUUAGAAGAGAGUAUGCUACUGGUAGGAGGGAAGACCCAAGUCUGCUCCUUCACUGUAGCUGUUGGUGUGUUCACAGUGUGACCCAUGACAAGUCCUGGGGCCUCACUUUACCCCAUUUAUAAAAUGGGGCUAAUAUCACCUGCCUCUUACCUACCUCAGAGGUAUCUGGUGAGGCAGAUGAAAUCCGUGAAAAUGACCAUUUCUCCAUUUCUGGUUUUUGGAGAGCAAAUGCUAACCCAUAUGCACUUCUUUACCUAAAUGACAGUUUUCUUCCAUGAAGGCUACCUUCUGGUGGAGACAGUUCAGCUCUGUGCCCUAGAACCUGUAUCCUGCCACCUGUUUUCUGUGUAGUUAUUUGCUGACAUCAAAGCCUCUCCUGAUAUCCUUCAGGCUGUGAGGAAUUUGCUCCCCACCUCCCACCACAUUUCUGGGUGCCUGACUUCUCUGUGACCCCCAGGCCCAGGCACUGGUUUGGCCACCCCCCUCCCAUAAUACAUCAGGCCAUUAAAAGUCCACAAAUGCUCAAUCUCAUUCACUAUUGGCUUUCCUGUUUGUGUCACCCAGGUCUUACAGGUAAACACCUUUAUGAUGCGUCUGCCAUUUCCAUGAGAAAGGCAGAAGGACCGAGAUAAGCACCCCUCCAUUUUAAAAUAGGGGUUCUGUGCCUGAGUGGAAAGGGUGGAGAAAGCUAUGGGGUGCAGAGAUGACCUGGUCAGCAGGAAGGUCAGCUCUCUUGAAACAGCUAAACCACUCCAGUGUCCUAUGAAGCCAGAAAUGACCAGGAACUGAGCAGAGGUGCCCCAAAACUUCUAGCCUGUGGCUAGAGCUUGUUGCCAAUGCCUUCUGUUUUCAAAGGGUCAGGAACACUUGUUGGAUUCCACACAGUAAAUGAACAUCUACUACCUUUCAGGCUUCAGGGCUUCAGUAAACCUUUUUUAUUCCAUGUAUAAAUGUGCAUGUGUAUGUAUACUAGUAUGUAUAUAUACACUCUGUGUGUGUGUGUGUGUGUGUGUGUGUGUGUGUGUAUUAGUUUUAGCCCCAAUCCAAAGUGGUUUGAGUUUGGAUGGAGAACUAACCUAUAGGUAGAUGUCUUUGGCUUCCUGGUUUUCCAUUUCUAAAGAUGAACCUUACAAAGCGCAGAGGUUAGAGCUGGAUAGUGAGGCCCAUUGGUUGAACACUCAUGUCGCAACCUGGCCCUGCAGUAAGGACAGUUCUGGAGAAGUCUGCUUCCAUGUGACAUGUGGAUGACCCUCCCCUUGGAGGUUGGAAGAGAACAACGAAGGUGCCGUGUCUCCUGUUUUUCAGUCCACAGAGGAGUCAGUGAUCUGGAGUAACCUACGAGAGAAAAUCCCACUGCACCCUGUCUGAAGUGUCUCCCCUGCCACUGUCUUUCUAACAUGUCAUAAAUACUGUUUAUCUCUGUUUUGUACAUGUGACACUUGCCUUAAAAGUAGCACAGUCCUCAAAAAUGAAUACAGUAUUUCUA